UUCAUGUCAUGUAUAAUGUGAGCUUUAUAUGGAAAAAAAACUUGUUACCAGCUCCCGUACAGCAGGUAUGGGAUCGAGAUGACGAGCAAAAGUCAAAAUUGGUGGGCAGUGCAGUAGUGAUAUCACAAACAACUGUUCCACCUUACGGUCAAAGAAAAGGAUGGAUUCCAAGGGUAGAGGAUGAUUUUGCAGAUGGCGGAGCCUUCCCGGAAAUCCAUGUGGCCCAGUACCCAUUGGGAAUGGGAGCGAGGGGCAAGGAAAGCACAUCAAACGCACUAGCCGUUCAACUGGACGAGUCUGGAAAAGUGAAAUACUCUGCUAUAGCCAGACAAGGUCACAGUGCCGAUAAGAUAAUCUACUCAAAACUAACGGACCUUCUGCCAUCAGAAGUCUUAGCAGAAGAUGACGCGACUCUACAGAAGCCAACGGAAGAUGACAUACAGGAUAUCACGGAAAAGACUAAGCAGGCUUUGGAGAAACUCACAAAUGCCAAAAUAUCUGCCGCUUUGCCUGUUAAGGCUGCUCCCAAAGCUGCCCCCGCACAGUACAUCAGGUACACCCCAGCGCAGCAGGGAGGUGCUUUUAACUCCGGAGCCAAGCAGAGGGUUAUUCGAAUGGUGGAGGCGCAAUCAGACCCGUUAGAGCCCCCGCGCUUCCAAAUCAACCGCAAGAUACCCCGCGCGGCGCCUUCGCCCCCCGCGCCCGUUCUGCAUUCGCCCCCGCGUCGCGUGUCCGUGAAGCAGCAGAGAGAUUGGAAAGUUCCACCGUGCGUGUCUCACUGGAAGAACGCUAAGGGUUACACGAUACCCUUGGACAAGCGUCUAGCUGCAGACGGUAGAGGAUUGCAGCAAGUCCACAUAAACGAGAACUUCUCCAAGCUGGCCGAGGCUUUGUACAUAGCGGACAGGAAGGCCAGGGAGGCUGUGGAAGCGAGGGCCCAGCUCGAAAGGAGAUUGGCGCAAAGGGAGAAGGAAAAGAAGGAAGAGCAUCUGAGGAUGUUGGCUCAACGGGCCAGGGACCAUCGGGCGGGUAUCCGCAACCCCGAGGAGGAGGCUGUGGUAGAAGAGGGCGCCCCGCUUGUACCGGAGGGCGAGCUGUCUGCAGCGGAGCGCGAGAAGUUGCGUUCUGAGAGGCACCGGGAGAGACAACGCGACCGGAACCUAGCGCGCGCCGCACCUGACAAGAGAUCCAAACUGGUUAAAGACAGGGAGCGUGAUAUAUCAGAGCAGAUCGCUUUGGGUCUACCCGCGAAGACAGCUCAAGGUGGCGAAGGAAUGUUCGACCAACGACUCUUCAACAACAGCAGGGGAAUGGAUAGUGGUUACGCGGACGAUGAGGCGUACAACGUGUACGACAAGCCGUGGCGCAACCAGGACACGGUGGGAGCCCACAUCUACCGGCCCACCAGGAACGCAGAUAAGGACAACUAUGGCGGCGACCUUGAUACCAUCGCGAACACCAAAAGGUUCGUGGCAGACAAAGGCUUUGCUGGUACAAGUAGUACCAACACUCGUUCCGGGCCCGUUAACUUUGAAAAAGAUGCACCCAGGGAGGAACCAUCGCGUAACACCCAACCCGAGGCAGACUUCGAUCCGUUCGGUCUGGAUCGGUUCUUGAGCGAAGCCAAGCGCGCGGACAAGUCGUCGCGCAAGAGAGACCACCACGAGCCGCAUGCUAAGAAACGACGCGACUAGAUAUUACACAUACGCUCGGAGUUUGUGUUCAAUCGUUGCCUUUCAUAUAAAUACAAUUGUUGUUGAAAAUACUUGUAUUAUAACAAAGAAGAAAAAAUAAAAAUAUAAAUACAGAAAUAUAGUUCAAUGAAAGGAGAUAAUUAAUUUUCUCAGAGGCGUGUGAAGUCCACCAAUCCGCAUUGGGCCGGCAUGGACUACGGCCUAAACCCUUCUCAUUGUGGGAGGAGACCCGUGCCCGGCGACGGGUUGACAGUGAUGAGUGUAAACAAAAUUUGACGAUAUUCAAAUGGACACAGAUACUGUGAUUUGAAAGUACAUCUUCCAUUUUGAUCCAAAAGUGAACAGCAAAGUUUGUUCAUGCCCGGCACUUACUUUUGGACCAAAAAAUUGAAGAAUUUGUGUUGAUGACUAAAUUAAAAACAUACCAUCAUUUAGUCAUUAUUGUGUCCAAAAGACUAAAAACGACCCGCGCAUGUCACACUCACUUCUUCCUAUUUUCUCCAUUUUAUAGUAAACGUUUAGAACAAUAGGGGUAAAAUAAUUACUGUUGAAUGCUAAGUGGAAUGAAGUGUCUAACGCCUGUUCGAGAAACACCGCUAAAGUGGAGUGGUGUGUGAUACUUCAAUAUUAGUUGUGUACACGGUUUCUGUUAUGUUUUUAAUUCUGUGGUUUAGAUCAAAUAAGAUAUAACGCAUAAUUUGGUUUCCUUUUCACUUCAUAGCCAUCAUUUCUGGGCAACCAUUUGUUUAUUCCAAGUAGGCCUAUUAUACAGGUUCUGUUGAAACGUUAAGUCUUGUCUCUUUGUAGAGGUUCGGAAGGAAACCGGCAAAAACUCAGCAGUUGCUCUUGUACAAUAAUUUACCGAUAUUGAGUUUAAUUUUUAAUUAAAACUAGACUUUAUUUCAUUUUUUAAUUUUUGGACUGUAGGCAUCCCUGUAGCAUAGAUAGGCUAUUAUUUAAUAUUAAGUGAUAUUGUUUCCGAGGUGAAACUUACUUAGAAUUAGGAAAUUAUUAGUAAAUUGUUAGAACACGGUGCGAAAAAAAGCAAUAAACAAUAUAAACUAGUGUUGGAUCGUUUUGCCACAAAGCACGUCCGGGGAAGUACUAACGAAAUGCUUAUUUCUGACGCCGCAUUGUUGUAUACCGGUCUUAAUAUCAACGCCUCAGGUUGAGGAACACAGGGUAAAACUUUGUAGGACCCGUUCCCGGCAUACCCUGGGCAGUGUUGCUCUGUUUAUAGGCAACAGUUUUCCAGAUACAAUUUACUUGGUCUGUCAUUGAUAACUAUAAAAAAAUAAAUAAAGAAACGUGAAAUACGAAUGGUUAGGACUCGAAGAUGAUUCAGUAUGUUUUUAUCUGACUAGUUGAUCCAGCUAACCUGAACUCAGAUUAAAAAAUACCACAGUUUUACAAUAUAUACAGUUAAGCAAAGUCUUUGAUAAUCAUUAGCCUUUGAAAUCCCACUUCUGAACAUAGGCCGAGAAAAAUGUCUUCCUGUUGUUUUUUUUUUUUUUUAAUAUCGUUGUUGGUCACAGCCCCUUCGGAUUAACAAUAUGCUAGAUUUCUUAAAGCUCUCAAAGGUUUUGAUACCAUAUUCCAUCUGCUAUCUGAGGAUUAUUUUGAGCGAAAUUGGUACCGCAAGCGAUAUUAGUGGGAUUGAAGUAAAGCUAACUUUGUGUAGCAAUAAUUAAUAAUUCUUAUUGAGGACAUUAUAUAGACUAUAUAAUGUUUUGUACAUAAUACGGUAAACGUAUCAAUGUUACCGGUUUUGAAACUGACUAUUGUGUAAUAGUAUUAAAAUUUGUAAUACAUAUUAUGUUAG